AAACAAUUAAGGACUUUGCUGAUCGAAUGGCUCGACGUGAUCUCGGAGCACAGGGAAGCUUUGGAGGUGGAGAUCACAAGCCUGGAUCAAGGACUAAACAGCAACCUGUCGUCCUUGUUCAUGGAAUUACAAAUACUGCGGGACGAUUUGAAGAACAACGCCAGUAUCUUUUGAAUCACGGAUGGGGCAAUGACGAAGUCUACGGUACGACAUACGGUGAUGGCGGAAAAACGGUGGCUCCUUUGGUUGACAUGAAAUGCGACUACGUCAAACAGGCUAUACUCGGCGGUAGGUGCCAGGAUACGGGCGAAGCUCUUGGACCACCUCUCAGUGCCCUUAUCGACACAUUUGUAUCCGUUGCUGGUUGGUAUUCCAAGUUUCGUCGUAAGGGGAAAAUUUGUGAAUUUGUGAAUGCAAAUCCAAUUUUUUCAUGUGCUAAUCAUGGCUCAUUCCUUUGCCUACUACCAUUUCCCGGAGCGUGUAACAUUCUCAAUGGACUUUCGUGUAAUUCACAGCAACGGUAUGAGGGCCUGUUCAUAUACUCGAUUUACUCUCCUCAAGAUGACAAAGUUGGCUAUCGAACUGCUUGUGGCGAGCUGGCAUCAUCAAUAGCGGGAGCCGACCAGGAGUUUCAGGCAUACGGUAGAUGUCAGGAUACGGGCGAAGCUCCUGACUACCUCUCAGUGCCUGUAACAGAUUUCUGA